AUGGAUAUAAAUAAGGAUAACAAUAAGAAUAUCCUUAAAACAAAAGAUAAUUAUAAUUAUAAUCUGUAUAAAACAUCCUUUUUAUUUAUAUUAUUCUUAUCUAUAUUCAUUAUAUCAGUUUCUAAUAUAAAUAGUUAUAAAGAUAACUUGAUUGUAUAUAGUGCACCUCUUUAUCUAAAAUUUAAAUCAAAAUUAAAUGCAAACCAUGGUCAUUUUGUAAAAAUCAAUAAAAAUAAUAACAAUAAUAGUAAAAACAACAGCAAUAGUAACAGUGUAAUUAAUAAAUAUAAAUUACAAAGAGAUUAUCAUUAUAAUUAUAAUCAUUAUCAACAAAUAAAAGAUAUAAACAUUAAUAAUAAUAACAGUAAUAAUAAUAAUAAUAAUAAUAGUGUAUAUAAAUUUGUAUAUUUAAAUGAAGAUUGUGUAAAUAUAAAUAAUAUUAAACAAGAUGAAGAAGUAGUAAAGGAAAUCGAUAAGAAUAUAAAUUUCGAUGAAUUUAAGAGUAUAAUAAGAAAAUGUGUAGAUUUUGCACAGCUUGUUGCUGCCACUCGUGAACAGAGACAACAAUAUAUAGAGGAUUUCAAAAGGUUACUUGCUACUAUUGACUAUGGCUAUGGUGAUGCCAAUGUAACGAUACACGCAAUCGAGGGCAGACCUAAACACUUCUAUAGUAUCUACAACAAGAUGCACAAUAAGAAUCUGACUUUCCGCGAGAUUCACGACAAGUAUGCUGCCAGAAUCAUAACAGACACCGAACUUAACUGCUACCGUCUGCGUGCUGGAAUCAUGCGACAUCUAGAGGUCACCGAGCACUACGAUGACUUUAUCGAAUCACCUAAACCCAAUGGAUACCGAUCGUUACACAUGGAUGUUUAUGGAGUGGAUAACGAGAUCAUUGAAAUUCAAAUUCGUACAAUGCAAAUGCAUCAAUUUUCAGAAGGCAAUUAUUGUGAAUAUAAAGGUGAAUGUGGUUAG